CUUUGCAGAAGCAACCCCAAGAGCUUGGUGCAUUCUUGAAAUGACUGCAAAGACGUCUGGCGGCAAUGCUGCCUUCCACAAUUUCAACAAUGACUUUGCCCACAUAGAAGAUCCCAACGAGCGACGACGCCUUGCGCUCGCCGAGAUCGACAAGGCCCCCUUUGGCUGGUACCAUGUGCGCGCCAUCUUGGUCGCCGGUACCGGCUUCUUCACCGACAGCUACGACAUCUUCUGCGUAUCCCUCCUGACCAUCAUGCUGGGCAUCGUGUACAAGCAAGACCACAAGGGCACGCUUACCACGCCCCAGGACACGGCCAUCAAGCUCGCCACGUCGGCUGGUACCGUGCUCGGGCAGUUUGGCUUCGGUGCGCUUGCCGACAUUGUUGGCCGUAAGAAGAUGUAUGGACUCGAGUUGAUCCUGAUCAUCGUUGCCACGCUCGCACAGUCGCUCGUUGGUCCUGGCCCAGGCACUUCGGUUGUUGGUCUCAUCAUCUUCUGGCGCGUGCUCAUGGGCAUUGGCAUUGGUGGUGACUACCCACUCUCUUCCAUCAUCACUUCGGAAUUCGCUACUACAAAGUGGCGUGGAGCCAUGAUGGGCGCCGUCUUCGCAAUGCAGGGUUUCGGCCAGCUCGGCGGUGCCCUCGUCAUGCUGUGCCUCGUCGCCGGCUUCAAGGGCACGCUGGUCAAGGCCAAGGGCUACGACUCCUGCACCGGCGACUGCCAGGUCGCCGUCGACAAGAUGUGGCGCGCCCUGAUCGGCAUUGGUAUCGUCCCUGCCUGCAUUGCCCUCUACUACCGUCUUACCAUCCCCGAGACGCCGAGGUACACCUUUGACGUCGCGCGUGACGUUGAAAAGGCAAACGAAGACGCGAAGCAAUACCUCUCUGGCAAGCACGGCGAGGGCAACCCCGACGAGAUCACCCAGGUUGCUGCACGCCGUGUGUCUGUUGCCCAGCUCGACGUUCCCAAGGCCUCUUUCCGUGACUUCUUCAGGUUCUACGGCAAGCUUCGCAACGGCAAGAUCCUCUUUGGCACUGCCAUGUCGUGGCUGUUCCUCGAUGUUGCAUUUUAUGGACUUGGUCUGAAUUCGUCGACUGUCCUGCAGGCCAUUGGUUACGCCAGUGGCGACGACCUGUACCUCAAGCUGUACAAUAUUGCCGCCGGCAACGCCAUCCUAGUUUGUGCUGGCGCUAUUCCUGGAUACUGGCUUGCUGUUGCAACUAUUGAUACUGUUGGUCGCAAGCCUCUCCAACUCGCUGGCUUUACACUUCUUACCAUCCUCUUCAUCAUCUGGGGCUUCGCCUUUAAGCACCUCAGCUCCCACGCCAUGCUGGCCAUCUACGUCCUGAUCCAGCUCUUCUUCAACUGGGGCCCCAACACCACCACCUUCAUCGUCCCUGGCGAGUGCUUCCCAACUCGCUACCGCUCCACCUCUCAUGGAAUCUCCGCUGGUUCUGGCAAAAUCGGUUCCAUCAUCGCUCAAGGCGCUAUUGCACCCCUCCGCACUCGCGGCCACCCUACCAAGGCUAACCCUAGCCCCUGGCUCAACCAUGUUAUGCAAAUCUUCUCUGCCUUUAUGUUCGCCGGUAUCUUCUCCACGAUGCUAAUCCCUGAGACGAAGCGCAGGACGCUCGAGGACCUGGCACAGGACUGGGACAUGGGUAAUGAGAGUAUUACUGGAGAGGAACAUGUGCCAAAGGCCGAGGGAAAUAGCGACUCCAAGGUUUGAUUUCAUAGCCUCUUUACCCGAAAUUCACAAUCUAAUCCUAU